AAGGAUUGUCUCUGGAAAAAUUUCUGAAUGACAAUGUUCACUUGGUUUAUCAUUUAUGGCAAUUCAGCACUCCAUGUUGUUCGUGUCCGUAUCGUUUUCAGUUACCAUCGAGGCAAGUUAUUAACGACAAACAUUUAAAAAUGAUGUUUGCUGGUUGUUCCUUACCUCCUACUUGCCGAAAACGAAAAUACAUGGGAAAUACUAAUUGCAUUUGUCCCAUGUCUGCAAAACAGGGCAUCCGUGAAAAUGACCUUCACCCUGAGCUCCAACAAAAGCUACUUGGAUAUAUGGUUUCAGCAAGAAAAUCAGUAGAAACAUUAAUAGAAAUCCGACACAACACUUAUGGCCACAUACAAAACACAAGAAUAUCAAAUGAAGACUACAAAAAGAUCAGGAUUAACACUGAAAAAGCGUUACUUGAUAUAGGACAGUUUUGUGGCAAGAAAUCACAAGUGAAAGCGGCAAUAAAUGAUGUACAGCAGAAACCUCUAGAUCAUGGUUUGAUGUUAAAGUACACCAGCGUUUUGUCGGAAAGUAUUGAGGCUAAAUCGUAUUUCAAAGAACUAGAAGCUAAACAACGGCAACUCGAAGACAACAUCCAAAAGAAUAAAGAAGACAACACAAGAGCAUUAAACGCUUUUUCUGAUAAACUAGAAAAAAACAUGGGUCCCCAUCAUUUUCAAGAAUGCGGAUCAAAAUAUGAAACAGAUGUUCAAUGUAUUUCAAAAAAGAAUUCUCCAGAACAAAGAUUUAUAAGAUGUGCCAUGGUUGCUGUUCAGGAAAUUCCAAAUAUAAUGCAGGAAAUAAUGAAGCAAUCUGCUAUGCCACCAGCAACAUUGUAUAAAAUGAUACAAAAUAAUGAACCGUUUAAAAAAGUAAUGCCCACAACAGAACAGAAUGCAUAUGGAUUACAAAGUCUUUUGAAAGAUGGAUACACAAAACUGCAUGUAACAUUAAUAUUUAAUAUUGUAAGGCAUUACAGUAAUAUGUUUAUACCCAUACCAAAGCAAGGAUGGGAUAAAGACCCUAACCAUGACGACUGUGACAUUGGAGAUGAUACACAGCGAAUGCGGAAAAUGAUAAACAAAAUAAGGACUACACCUUCCAAAACAUUGAGUAAAGGGGAGUUCAAAGAGUUUUUCACACACAUUUAUGCUAUAAGUGCUCGAAUAGAUGAAUAUUUUCAUAAUCUAAAUUCCUGUGUCACUUCAUUCCAAAAAAAUAUUUACGAUUUGUUACUCUGUCCUAUUGACAAGGAAAUGAAGGAAAAGGCCUUGGAAGAAACAAUUUGUUUGAAAGAUUAUUUUGUCAUUAAGUCUGGAGAAAAGGAAGUAAGUGUAUUUCGUGGGGAGUCACUGCAGAAUUAUUUUCAACGAAUGGCUGAUUGUGAUGCCAAUACAAUAGCUCCAAUAACCAUGCGCUUUCCGGGAAUAAAAGGAGAUCCAGAAAUUGCUACUUUAGUCAAUACCUUACAAGACCAGAUAAAUGAUAGAUCUCUCCCAAUCAAACUAGAUGGAGCGGCGGUUGGCAGUUUGAUUCUUUUUCUACGUGUAGAGAACAAUGUCUUUAAAAGUGACAUAGAGACAAGAGAAGUCAUAUCAAGUUUUAUAGACCAUUUCAUCAAAGUGACAAAUUUGCAGCAAUGGUUAUGCCAACCAAAGAAUAUAGUUGAAGUAGUUAUAACAAACGAAUACUUUUGGAACAGUCGAUAUAUUCGAGAGGAAAAUCAACCUCAAAAGAAUGAUAGCGCAGGUUGCGUACUUCUAAAUCUUGAAGUCAACAAAGCCGGUUUCCAUCGUGAACAACAUCAUCACAAUUUAACUUUCAAGAACAAAGGGAAUGAGACCGGGAACGACUCAGAGUUAAUUGCAGUGAUAAGACCUAUCAAAACAGUUUUUGUUGAGGGUUCAAUUGAUUUGGAAGAAGAUGCAAAUGAAAAAGAACACGUAAAGCAUAAAUCAGAAAUUAGUGCAGCAGAUCAACAUGAGAAUUGGGAGAACUUUUUAAAGAUAUCGAUUUUAGUUGAUGACCAUUUAAAAGCUAUUUUGGUGUCCCUUAUAGCAUUACAUUUACGUGAAAAACAUUUGAUAUUUGAACAGUUUCUUAACCGAAAUCAACACAAGAUCUACCAUAUGUGCUAUAAUUUGGGUAGAUGCUGCAGUUGUUUAGAAGACUUUUCACAAAAACAAAACGAUAGAGUUUUAUUCCCAAUUCACAUGGACAUGUUGUUCGAUAAAAAUAACAAGAUGCCUGGUCAUAGACCUAACCAUGGAUCAAAUUUCUGCUGCAGCUUUGCAAAAUCUGGAAUAUCUACUGACGUCCUCGAUGUGAUACUUGCUAGGUGUCUUCUAAUCAAUUUCUGUGCCGAUGUAUUCUGGUACGAUUGUUUGCAGUUUCAAGGUAUCUCUUUCGAGAAUUUCUUAAACAAAAACAAACAUCUACUGUAUCAUCUUUGGCAAAACAACACAAGAUGCUGCCAGUGUUCAAGUCCCGUACAAACUUCACUUAAUUGCCAGAUUGUAAACGAACAACAAUGGACAGAUAUGUUCGCUACGUCUUCCAACUCAACACCAUGUCGACAAAGGUCAACUUUUACUCAUUGCAUUUGUUCUAUCUCUGCCAAACCUGGAAUCAGUCAAGUUGACCUUGCUCAUGUUCUACAGCAUACGCUUCUAGAGUAUUGCUGCUCAACUUUUAAAUCUGUGGAAACACUAGUGAAAAUCAGGAGGAAUGUUUACGGACACAUAGAAAAAGCACAAAUUACAGAUUAUGACUAUAACACAUAUAAGAAUGAUAUUGAAUCCGCAGUGUUGAGUUUAGCAAUUAUUUGUGGCAAGGAACAAGAGGUCAAAAAGGCUUUUAAUGAUUUAAAGCACAGAAGUUUAGAUAACAAUCUUUUGGUUAAGUACAAAGACAUAUUAUCUAACAGAAAAGAUGAUUCAACAGGAGUAAAGGCACUCGUACAUACAAGUCAGAAUGCAAACAAGCAACAAACUACCAAACUAAAGAUAUUUGAAAAAAGUAAAAAGAGAUCUUUCAAUGACAUCGGAGAUUCGAAAAAUGAAGAUGAAACCAGACUUACAAAAUUUCUUAAGCCUAUUGACAUAAGAGAAAGCGAUAUUCGUUAUAAAGGAUCAUCUCAAAACGCACUUGUACAUACAUCAGCAAAAAUACGAAGAUUUGAAAAGAAUACGGAGAACUCACGUCAAGUUGUAUCCCUGGACCUGAAUUCUAUGGAGGUAGCAAUACCGACAAAACAGAAAAGUGUAUCAAGACAAGGUCUGUAA